GUUACGAACAUUCAAAUUGAAAAAAAAGUCGACCCUAACAAUAAGCUUAGUGUUCGAACUAUUGCAAGGCUUCCAUUAUUCUUCGUAGAUUCGGGGCCACAAGCAAACAACAAAGGCAUUUAUGAUAUUAAACACUUGUGCUAUCAUAAUAUAAUAAAAGUGGAACCUCCAAGGAAAAAUAAAGAAGUUCCACAGUGCAAAAAUUGCCAAAUAUUAGUUAAAAGUCAAGUGACUCCAUCAAUGAAUAAUAUAUAUAUAAUUUAUAUCUAGUAUGUAAAAUAUGUAUAAUUGUCAAACAUAUUGGGUCGUUUAAAUAAUAUAAAGCCCCAGGGCAUUUAAAAAAAAAUGUAAAUAAUAAUAAUAUGUUAUAACCCCAAAGACGUUAUACAACGGUAUUAAACAUAUGUAUAAAUGUUUUUAUUAUAAUUUAUGUUUAACAACCAGGUAUAAUUCAGGUGGUCCAAUUUAGGUGGCAGGCCAAUAUAUAAGACUCUCCCUAUACCCAAUAUCUAAAAAAAAGAGUUAAAUUAAGUAAAACUGAUUUAUUUUUAUUUUUAGAUUCCACGUGUGCUCCAAAUUUAUUUUGUGGACGACUUCCAGUAAAUCUAUAAAAAUAAUUAUUUUUUAUUCUAUACUUGCGAUUACUUUUAAUAAUUAUGAUGAAUGAAUGUAAGAAAAAUAGCUUUAAUAAAUUACACCUUACUAUUUUUUUUUAUAAACGUGCACAUGUAACUAACAUAUUACUUUGUAUAACUUUAAAUUUCACAAUCUAUGAAUAAAUAAAACUAAAUUUUACAUCAGUUAAUUUUGUAUAAAAAUACGCAUAAAUUCACUUUACCUACCCACGGUUUUUUUAAAUUUUAUUUUUGAAACAUACGUAAUACGUAUUAUAACGAGUUAAAAUAAUGCCGCAGAAAAACAAUUUGCGUAAAUCAUUAUUUUAGAGAUAUCCUUACUGUUCGCGCCAAGCAAUUAGCGCAUCGCGUUAUGCAAUUCUGUGCUUACGACGACGACCUGUCUCUAUCAGCUUCCUCUUCAUACAUACCUCUCAUUCCGUUAAUUGUGAAUUAUUAUAAUAAAUUGUUAUAUUUAUUUAUUCUUUUUGUGUUGUUGUCAUAUGAAUUAUCUGUCGGCAUGUUGCCCCAGAUAGGUAUAUUUGUUAUCUUUCUAAAAGUUUGCUUUUUUUUCUCUACGCGGCCAACGCCCGACCAUUAUUAUUGUUAUUCUUUUGUCAGUUCGUCUCUUGUUGUUGCUGGUCCGCUAAAAUAAAAACGAUCAUGGUUUUUAAUAUGUUGUGAUCCACUAAUACAGCGAUCUGUAUUAGUAUUUAUUUAUAUGUAUGAUCCGCUAAUAAAGCUAACAAAAAUUAUUUAUACUAGUUUAUGGUGCACACGGUUGCCGACUGUAUAUUUAUUAUUCUGAUUAUUAUAUUGUGUGUUGCUAUAAAUCCUGAGAUAUGUUCACUAAAACUACAAUCUCCAACACUCAAUCGUAAGUCUUUUGUGUAUUAUUAUUAUUAUUAUUAUUAUCGCCGUCGAACUGGACAUCUGGUUAUUGUCAGCAUCGGUGCCGUCAUUCGUCCCCGCGUAAGUCCUUCAGCAACGUACAUACGUACGUUGUGUGGGAGGCUGCCCAGCUGGUUAUUGUCAACGUUCGGUGCCGUCAUUCGUCCCCGCGUAGAUCCGCCAGCAACGUUCAUACGUACGUUGUGUGGGAGACCGCCCAGGUCGUCCAGAUCGACGCCUGCCUAUUGCGUUAGUGGUGACAUAGGCCAUCAAUUUAAGAAAUUGUGUUCAGGCAUCAUCGACUGGUCCUUCGGGUAGCCCCUGCUUAGGGCAGAGAUAAAGUUUGAGAUAUUACGUUAAUAUGCAUGCGCACAAAGCACAACACUGUACUUAACUGUACGCACUCAACGCCUGUAAGGCUAUAACUAAUUUUGAUUUUUUUUUUACAUAUUUUAACGAGUUAAGAAUUAUGGUGAAUUCAGAAUUUUACACUUGAUCUCCGUUUCAAAGUUUUAGUAAUUUUAUUUUAUUAUUGAAAACUGUACCUACGUCAAUUCUCCCCACCAAAAUAUCGGUGUAAAAGUUGAAUUAGGCGUUAACCGUUUUAAAAAUCUCCCUGUAACUGUUGAAAAUGUGUACCUAUCAUACAUUUUUCAUUGAGAAAAUAAGGUUAUUUCGCGAAUUCGAAUGGAUCUAAGAAAUGUGAAUUUGGGUGAUAGUGGUGACUGGCGUGGUAAAAACUUUUUCGGAUUGGAGUAUAAUCCUUGCGAUUAGCUAAAAUGUAGUUAUACACAAUAUGGAAGACUUUCCUAAUGUACCUUUUUUGCCUAUACAAUUCGCCGUGCAACACAUAUGAUAUAUUUUGUGCACACUAUUUAAAACAAUUAAUAGACACAAGCUGUAUUAUCAUGCGUUUUUUCUGUGAAACAACGAUGGUCAAUCCCUCUUUGGUGGAAAGAAUUGAUACCUAUGACCUCCUACCAUUUUUCAUUAAAUCAACCAUAGUUGGUUUUUGUAUACAAUAUGUCUAUACACACAGAUACACUUUACAAACCUGUGACACGGUUACGGCGGUGGAGUGCUGUAGGUGCUGUCCGUGGUAAGUCGGUCGCUGUCUGUAGUCUCAAGAUAAAGGCGACACUCACAAAAAUUACACAACACAACUUUAGAAUAAAUAGUCCACGAGGGACGUUUAUUCGGGUGUAAUAAGAAUACCGGUAUACUACUGACGGUGAUAGUAUUAUAAUACAAGUAUUGUGUGGUCGAGUAUUUAGUAUAUUAUGUAUCAACGUUGUGGUCGAGAGCUUAACUUCGGUGAUCGAACGAGAACUGGUGUAUUCAACGUGGUAUGGCCGUUGGCGGUAAGAUGUCGUUAAGACGGUCGGUAAACGAGAGAGUUGCCACUGGCGGCAGGUACUUGCUUUGCGCGACUUGACUUGCCUUCCCGUCCUGCCUUGUGCCUUUGCGGCGCGGUGGGAGAGUCGACUGUGUCGCGCUGUCGUAGCCAGUGGUGGCGGUUGAAAGUGUAGACUGGUCGCUGCGGUACCUGUACUUUGUACUGGUUGCCGCUGCGUACCGUGUAAUACUCCCCCGCCAAAUCGCCACACGGGGUACUCUCGUGCUGGCGUGUCGUUACGGGUCGGGUAGCUUGUACUACCUCUGGAUUCCACUUAAGGUAGACUUUCCCCGGUUGUAGUCUGUAGCAGUGUUCAGAUUAGAUAAGUACUUUUUUAUCUAGAUAAAGAUAAAUAUAAUGCAACUCAAAUGUAUCUAGAUAGAUAUAAAAGAUAACUUAACUCAUAUUUAUCUAGAUAAAGAUAAAGAUAAAAAAAAGAUACAAUUAUUUUUUAAAUGGUUUUAAAUUUAAGUAUAUUUUAGUUGGGCACUAGGAACAUAAUAAUAAUAAUGCUUGUAUUUUAACGAAACCUUAUUUAUAAAUUAUCAGAAGUUAGAAUCAUUUAAAAAUAAUAUUCUAGAAACAAAAUUUAAAAUAGUACAAUCCGAAAUAUAAGCAAUUGGAAUUUGAAGUAGACCACGAUAAUAAAAAAGUAUGUAGUAGGUACUAGGUAGUAUAGGUACCUAUUCUAGAAUAAAAAUACAAAUAAAAAGUAUUUUUAAGAAUUUAAAAUACAAUGGUCAAAAAGUAUUAGAAAAGUAUUGAAAUACAAAAAAAGUAUUUAAAUACAAGUAUUCGGAUACUUAACAAGACUGAAUUUAUAAUUUAUAAUAUUUGUUUUAAACAUUAUAAUUUAUUUUAUUAUUAUUUUAAUACCUAGAAAUGUUAUUGUCAUUUUAAGUAUACAAUGUUAAAAAAUAAAUAACUAUAAUUUAUUAUAUUUAAGAAAAUAUUUAGAAUUUUUGUCUGUAUUUAGACCAAAUUAGAACAUAUACAAUAAAAAAAAAUUUUAUAUUAAAGAUUGAAUAAUAUUAUAUUCAUAAUAUAUUAAAUUGUAAACUUUUUUAAUAAAAAUGGGGGAAAUAUCCGCUUCAGAAAAAAUGUAUUCGUAGAAGUUGUCCUACUACACCACUACACCACUACACCGAAUACAGUCAGGAGGGGGAUGAACGUGAUUCAGUGGAUGACGUGUCAAAUUUGAAUUCAGUGAUAGGUAUAAUUAUAUCAUUGUAUAUGAAAAAUAAAUCUGAUCGAGGAACGUCUGUCAGCCUAUAUCGAGUACCUACCAAUAUAUUAAGUCAUGAAUCAUGAUAUGGUUUCUGAUAUCGGUAUUAAAGUAACUUAUUUUAAUAUUAUUUUUAAGAUGGGUUUAUUAAUUUUUUAACUUUGCAUUUAUCUGAGGUUCUGUUAAUGAACGGUCUCCUCUUCACGUGAUUCAUCUUUGUAUAUAUUUUUCUAUGUUCUCCUUAUUGCUUAUUGUUUUUAUUUUGUAAACAGAUUGAAUAUAUUUAAAUAAAAAAAAAAACUUUGCAUUUAUUAUAAUUUUAAUGAAUAUUUUGAUUAUUAUAAUAAUAGUUUAUAUUAUAUUUUCUAACUUAUAAUACCUAGUCAAUACUACCUUAUCAUGGAACAGUGUGAAUAAAUUCAUGGUAGAAAUAAGUGAUAGCUUUUAGAUUGAUAUUAACAUUUUGAAAAUUUUAUUGCGUAUAAUAAAAUCGUGUAUCCAUCUACAUAAUUUAGGGCUGAUGGUAUUAAAAAUAAUUUUCGGUAUUACGGUAUUGAUUUCAAUACCGGUUUGAAACGGUAAACCAAAAAACCAAAAUGUUUCGGUAUACCGAAACAGAAAUGAUUUGGUACACCUAAAUACCGAUAUUGUACGGUUAGGGAUGACGGUAUUUUGGUAAACGUUAUACCGUAAAAACCGAAUGAACGGUUUUAAAGCUGUUUUCUAUUAUCAAUGGCAAUAUUAUAUAUUAUAGGAUAUAAUAAAGUAUAUAAUGUGAAACAAUAAAAGUAAAAAAUAUCAAUACUAGUUAAAUUGUAUUUAUUAUUUCAGUAACCGUACCAUAACGGUAUUUAGGUAUACCGAAUCAUUUAGGUUUUAGUAUACUGAAACAGUUCGGUUUUUUAUGGUAUACCGUUUACCAAAAUAAUUUUAAAAUACCAGUAUUCCGGUAUUUAUGGUAUACCAAAAAUACCGUCAGCCCUAAGGCAUAAUUAUAUAUAUUAUAUAAUUCAUAAAUUAUUGUUAUACAAAACAUUCGAAUUAUACAAAACGAAGAUGAUGAGCACAUUGGUUCAAAACAUGAUAUAUCAAUAAAUAAAAACAAUUUAAUACCAACCAAUUGCGUUUCAUUACAAUAUAAAUACAGUAAACUUUUUUAUUUGUAAAUUGAGAAAAACUGGGGGAAUCUUAUAUUCAAUUUUUAAGUCUUAGAUAUAAAUAGAUAUUUUUUUAUAAGCUUCUAACUCAAAAUGAUUUGGAAAUAUUCGUUAUCUUAAAGAAUUUUGCCAAAUUCUAAGUUCAGGCACUCGUAAAAAUGUUUGUGGAUUUACGCUCAAAUUAUAUUUAAAUUUCCAUUAACAAAAGCUUAUGAGGAACCUAUUAAACUUAAACCUAACCUAUUAAACAUUCAAGUCUUUUGAUGAUAAUCAAAACAUUUUCUAAAUUGUAAGAUGUAUAAGAAACGCAAAUAUAAAUAUUUGGUGAAUAUUGCAUGUGUCUAUCGAAUUUUAUCAAAUGUAAUCAAAUUUGUCUAAAUCUGGCUUUGCGUAAAAAUUCUCUGUUUUCCAUUAGUUUUUUUGGGAGAGUUUUCUAAAUGGUUUGGAAAAGUUCUGGAAGUUUUCAAUUUUGACUUUUCGAAUGCAUCAGCUUAAUUCAAUUUGGGCUUUAAUGUAUUUUCGAAUAAUUUUAAAAUACUGAUUAUGAAAAUCUAUUUAAGAAAUUUACUGAGGUACACUAAAACCAAGAAACACUGUUAUAAUUUACCACUUGUUUUUAAUUUUUUCCUGAGCGAAGGUGGGUUUUACAGCUGGUGUAUAUCGCGCUGUUUAUGGGCCUAUCCGUACAACACAUUUAUUUUGUCAUUACGUAUGAUUAUAACGUAUUUGACAAAAAACGAUUGAAAUUUGUAAACGUAAUUAUAGCGGAAAGCGAUAAUCAAAAACAAUAAUUAAGUACCGCAAAACAAAACAUAACGAUUAACAAAAUAUAUUAUAUAUCAUUAGACAUUAAACAAAACGUAAUUUAUGGAAUAUCAUUGACCAAAAAAUAACGCAAAACGAAAUAUUUUAAAAUCUAUUUUUUCUAUUGGUAUAAAUCUAUUGGUUUUGUAGAAACAUUUAUUUCAUGCGACAAUCUAAGAAUUGAUUAUAUUAUAUUUCGUAUUCGGGCCAUUACCUACCCGAAUUAGUUAUUAUUUUUCAAUUUUAUAGAUAUUAACACUAUUUUAAAUAACGAUAAACGCAAAACUUGUAUACGUUUUAGUUCUAAAUAAUGAUAAACGCAAAACUUGGAUAACGUUUUAAUUCUGAAUAACGAUAGUAGUAAGUGGGUCCAUAGAGGCGACACUCCACUCCACACAAACUCCACCGCCACACAUACUCCACGACCACCGCCACUCCACCCGGACCGACCACCACCACCACACCACCCAGACCGACCGCCACUCCACCCGGGGCGACCACACAGCACAACCCUAUCAUGCGUUAUCACAAUACAAUUAAUAUGUGUACGUCAGAAAGUAAUUAUUUAAAAAAUAUUCGUGUAUAAUGUUCUGCUGUCCACCCCCCCACUACCCCGGCAGACCACCACCGCCGCCAUCAACCCCCACCCUACCCCGUCUAACCUAGCCAAUGAUUUUAUUACAACUUGAUCAGAUAACGGAAUAUUUUAAAAAUGAUUAUAAUAUUGAAAAAGACGCGACACUCGAAGAAUUUGUAGCAAUAAUCAAAGGAAUUCAAAUUGAAUUAAUAUCUAAACAUGUACCGAAGAACAAAUAUAGUUUUAUAAAUCAGAUAAAACUGCUUGCAACUGACCAACUAGCAAUCGGUUGGAUGGAGAAACUUAAUAAAUCAUGAAAAGUAUGAAUGCGUGAUUUUUAUUUAUUUUAAUUAUACUAAAAUAUCUAUUUAAUUAGGGUGUCGAAGAAAAUUACGGUCCGGAAGAUUUCUUCUCGCCUCCGUUUACUCAGAGUUGUAUGUCUCGGCCAAGCAAACAGUCAAAGAAGACGGUAAUCUUAUAAAUAAUAAUAAUAAUAAUAAUAAUAAAUAUACUUUAUAAUCAGGUGAACGAUGAAUACGAUGGACCCGCCCCCGCCAGAGACGAAACAAAAAAUUUAAAAGAUUUUUUCGAGACAUAUUAUUCAGCGAUGACACCAAUAGAAGCCGACAAUAUAGCAGACGAAAACAAUUGUUUUUCUCAAUAUUUGUUUUGAUAUAUACAGUUUGUAUAAUAUUUAAAAAAUAAAAAAAUCUUUUUUCUCUAAAUCAUAUAUGUUUUUACUCCCGCCCAUAAAAAGGGCGGGACCACCUUGAGAUUCACCUAUCUAAAUACACCCACCCCAUUAAUACUAGCGGUAUUAGCGCCCCGGUAUCACACCACAAGACAGUCGUGAGUCUUCCGUCAAACGAGUCGCGUGUGCCUUAUUACUAACUUAUUUCGAGACAGUCGUGAACGUACAUAACAAAAAUGGCUAAUAAUCUGAUCGAUUGUACUACAUUUUUUGUUGAUAGCAAUAUUUUUAUAAAUAUAGGAUUAGAUCCUGAUUUUUUGUUAAAUUGCGUUAUAUGCGUCUCAAAUAACUUGCAGUGUGUUAAAAUGAGUGUUGAAUUAUAUAAAUCUCUAAAUAUAGCUCUUAACAACAUACAUUUUUUACUACCAUCUCAUUUACUGUUGGAGGAGUUUAAAUUGAUAUCAAUAGAAGAAUACAACGGUGACAACGUUCUCUCAAUAAAGUGUUUGCAACAGGAUCAAGAUGUGCAAUUAACUAAAGAGAAUGUUUCAAGGAUCUUGCAAUUAAGUGAUGCUAUUGAAGAAGUCAUUCAGAUGAAAAAUGUAUACACACGGUCUACUGCAUUAAAUCAGGCCAGUAAAAUUGCAAUGUAUCUUGGAAAGGAAAUGCCGUUACCCAAAGAUACAAAAAUAAACCAUGUUGAAGAUUAUUUGACCCGUAUCGAUGUCCAAGAAUUGAAAGAACAACUUCCGUUCGCUGGUCUUUGUUUAAUAGCAGAUUUGAAGAUUAAAGCAGUCAAACAAUUGGCAAGGGGUUGGUUAUCUUCUUCGAUCGAAACUAAGCCUGAAGUCAACAGGCUGACGACGAGGGAAUUCCUAGCACGUAAAAGGGCAAAAGCAACCCGCUGA